AUGCCACUAUGUCACUGUGCUGCAAGACACAAUGACUCCGAUGGAGACUGGGUCCACCCUGGCAGUAGUGGACUCAAGAUUUUCCUCCAUUGGAGCAAUGGGGGUGAGCAGUAUGUCACCUACAACCAGGGCACCAUGACCGCAGAGGAAGUCUGCAUCCACAUUGCAAAGAAAGUGGGGAUCACCCCACUCUGCUACAAUCUCUUUGCAUUAUAUGAUACCCAGGCCCAAAUCUGGCUGCCUCCUAACCACCUUUUUGAGGUCACCAAGGACACCAACCUGACCCUGCAGUUUCGAAUAAGGUAUUACUUCCGAAACUGGCAUGGUUUGAACACUCAGGAGCCAGCUGUAUACCGAAGCAUGACUAGAAAUGUUGAGGUCUCUGAAGAUAAGAUCCAAAUGGGACAGGGGUGUGCUUUGCUGGACAAAGCCUCCUUCGAGUAUCUCUUUGAACAGGGAAAGUUUGAGUUUGUCAAUGAUGUUGCCUCACUUUGGGACCUACACAGUGAAGCAGAGAUACAUCACUUCAAGAAUGAGAGCCUUGGCAUGGCUGUGCUGCACCUUUCCCACCUUGCCCUGCAGCAUGGUGUCCCCCUGGAAGAGGUGGUGAGGAAGACCAGCUUCAAAGACUGCAUCCCACGAUCCUUCAGUCGACAAAUCCAACAGAACAAUUUCCUGACUAAAUUCCGCCUGAGGACUGUCUUCCAGAAGUUUACGCGGCGAUUCCAUCUGCAGACAGUGGGUCCAGGGCGUCUUAGUGAGCAGGACAUUAUGUUCAAAUACCUGGCUACUCUGGAGCAGCUAGCCCCACGAUUUGGUGCUGAGCGAUUUCUUGCCCUGACCUUAGCAUUACCUACAGAGGCUGAAAGGGAGCUGUGCUAUGUCAACAGCAGUGGACAAACACCUGCCGUUCCAGCAGGAGCCACUCUCUCCCUUGAUGCUCAGGCUCCUACCCAUGAAGUUCUAGUAAUGGGUACAAAUGGUAUCCAUUGGAGGCUUCUUCAAGGCAAGGACUCUGAAUUGGAAAUUAACCGCCCCCGAAGCUCCUUUGGUAAGAAGUCCAAGGCCUGGCAGGCAGAGAGCCAGAAGCAGAGCCAACUGCCCACUGAAAAGAAAGACCCUUCCUGGACAUAUUUUUGUGACUUCCAAGAUAUCACUCAUGUUGUGGUCAAGGAGAACAACGUCAGCAUCCAUCGUCAAGACAACAAGUGCCUGGAACUGACUCUCCCUUCACCUAUGGUGGCUCUUUCCCUGGUAUCCCUGAUAGAUGGCUACUUCAGACUGACAGCAGACUCCAGCCACUACCUGUGCCAUGACGUGGCCCCCCCCAGACUGGUGAUGAGCAUUCAGAAUGGCAUCCAUGGGCCCCUGCAGGAGACUUAUGUAUUGUCCAAACUGAAGCGGGAGGAAGUAGAAGAUGGUCUCUACCUUAUCCGCUGGAGUUCCUUUGACUUCCACCGCCUCAUCCUGACUGUGGCCCGGAAGGACCAGGGACAGGGUCUCCGUUACAAACAGUUCCGUAUUGAAGAGCGGGGCCUGACAUUCCAGCUAGAAGGCUGGGAUCAAACCUUUUCCAGCGUUCGUGAGCUCACAACCGCCUUGCAGGGCUGCACACUUCGAUCCAGCUCUGGCUCUGGUCCUGGAUCCAGCCUAGAAAGCUUCACCCUCAGCAAAUGUUGCCUUCCUCGAGCAGGAGAAAUCUCCAACCUGAUCAUCACUCGGCAUCGUCCUAAGGAGGGCCCCAAACCACUCAACUUAUCCCAGCUCAGCUUCUACCAGAUCCGAAAGGAUGAAAUCACUCAGUUGGCUCACCUGGGCCAGGGUACCCGGACGAAUAUUUAUGAGGGACUCCUGCAUGUGGGGGGUGGAAUGGAAGCUGAAGAUGAAGAAGAAGAAAACACUCCCUCAGAACCCAACAACAACCAUCGGGAGCUUCGAGUAGUAUUGAAAGUGCUGGACCCGAGUCACCGUGAUAUUGCCCUGGCAUUUUUUGAGACAGCCAGCCUAAUGAGCCAGGUCUCCCACAUCCACCUGGCCUUCGUCCAUGGUGUUUGUGUCCGAGGCUCUGAGAAUAUCAUGGUGGCAGAAUAUGUAGAGCAUGGACCAUUGGAUGUAUGUCUCCGCCGGGAGAAGGGCCAUGUGCCUGUGGCCUGGAAGAUUACUGUGGCCCAGCAGCUUGCCAGUGCUCUCAGCUACCUAGAGGAUAAAAACCUGGUUCAUGGUAAUGUCUGUGCCAAGAACAUCCUGUUGGCAAGGCGUGGCCUUGGGGAUGGCACUCAACCCUUCAUCAAGCUCAGUGAUCCUGGAGUCAGCGUCACUGCUCUCUCCAGGGAGGAAAGGGUAGAGCGAAUUCCCUGGAUCGCUCCUGAGUGUGUACCCAGUGGGACUGGCCUCAGUACAGCUGCUGACAAGUGGAGCUUUGGAACAACCCUUCUAGAGAUCUGCUUUGAUGGAGAAGCACCCCUCCAGGGUCGUACCCCUUCUGAGAAGGAGCGCUUUUAUGAGAAAAAGCAUCGACUCCAGGAGCCCUCAUGCAAGGAGUUGGCCACACUCAUCAGCCAGUGCCUUACCUAUGAGGCCAACCAGCGACCUUCCUUCCGAACCAUCCUUCGUGACCUCACUCAACUGCAGCCCCAAAAUCUCAUUAACAUCACCACUAUGAGCCCAGAGUUCCCAGCCUCAGACCCCACCGUUUUUCAGAAGCGCUACCUAAAGAAGAUCCGAGACCUGGGAGAGGGCCACUUUGGCAAAGUGAGCCUCUAUUGCUAUGACCCAACUAAUGAUGGGACAGGUGAGAUGGUGGCUGUGAAGUCUCUCAAGGCAGGCUGCAGUUCCCAACUCUUAAGCAGCUGGCAACGGGAGAUUGAGAUCCUUCGGACACUCUACCAUGAACACAUCGUCAAGUACAAGGGCUGCUGCAGUGACCAAGGGGAGAAGAUUGUCCAGCUGAUCAUGGAGUAUGUGCCAUUGGGCAGCUUGAGGGACUACCUGCCCAAACAUAGUUUGGGGCUGGCCCAGAUUCUGCUGUUUGCUCAGCAGAUCUGUGAGGGCAUGGCCUACCUCCAUUCCCAACACUACAUCCAUCGAGACCUGGCAGCCCGAAAUGUCCUUCUGGAGAAUGACAACAUUAUCAAGAUUGGGGACUUUGGCCUGGCCAAGGCUGUGCCAGAGGGCCGUGAUUACUACUGUGUCCGGGAAGAUGGAGACAGCCCUGUCUUCUGGUAUGCCAUGGAGUGUCUCAAGGAAUCUAAGUUCUACUAUGCUUCAGAUGUCUGGUCCUUUGGGGUCACCCUCUAUGAGCUGCUGACCCGCUGUGACUACAAUCAGAGUCCCCCCUUGAAAUUCAUUGAAAUGAUUGGGGUCACCCAGGGCCAGAUGACUGUGCUGAGGCUUAUUGACUUGCUAGAGAGAGGUCAGAGACUGCCUUGUCCCAAGGAUUGUCCCUCUGAGAUCUAUGCCCUCAUGAAGAGUUGCUGGGAAUCUGAGGCCUCCUUUCGCCCAACCUUUGAGAAGCUUGUUCCCAUCCUCAAGACAUUCCAUGAGAAGUACAGAAGUCAAGCUCCCUCUGUGUUUAGUGUAUGCUGAAGGAGGGGCCUCCAGCAACUGUAGCCAAGCCGGGUUCAUCUGAUACCCUAUAGCAGUGGAAGAUCUGAUUGGGGCCCCACUGUUAGGCCCCUCAGUGAUUGUCUUCUCCUCCUCACACCAUCCCCACUCUGGGGAGGGGAGAUUGAGGCCAUAUUUAACCCCUUGGAACUCAUGGGGAAGAGCCAAUUGGUGCCAUCCACAGCUUUUUUUUCUCCAAUGCCAUGUGGUGCCCAGGGGUGAUAUGGCUGGGGCUGCCUAGCUACCCAUCCAACACCUUCAAGUUUGAAACCUUGAAAAUGAGACACCAACUAAGGGAGGGACCUAACACUGUGAUUUCUGCCAGCCCCUCCCUCAAAGCUGGCAAUGAGGGAUCAGCCAUCUGUUUACUCCCCAUAGGCAGUCACUGCCUUGUGCCUUGCCCUAGGCCCCCCCAUUUCCCAGAAACACACCUCUGCCCCUCCCUUCACCAUCUCAGGACCAAUGAGGGGAAAACAUGAUAUUGUUGCCUUUUCUCCAAGAGACCUUUAACCCUUUUCUGCCUUUAUUCUUUCCCCUUUUUCUUCUCCUGUCUACACCAGGGUCCAUUUCAGAUAGGGAAGGACUGAGAGUAGAAACCUGAGCAUAAUGGAGAAUCUUUAGGGUGUACCUUUGCUAGGUCCUCUGUCUUCUCCACUGUACCUUCAUCCCCAGGUCAGGUGCCUUCCCCCAAUACGUAUACUCUUAGUGCCCAGGUUUACCCACAAGUAAACUCAUGUUCCUUCUGCGGAAAACAAGCUUCAUCUGUGUAGGGAGGUGUUAAGGGUCCUUUUUGAGCUAGGCAAGGUUGACCCAGGAAAAAAUGCUACAGAUCCUGGUCUUAAGGAUCAGCCAUAGGAAGUCACAGAUAAAUGUUCCUGUUUUCAAAAGUUAAAAGAUAGGACCUACCCCCUCCCUGGGGUCAGGCACCCAGGCUAGAUGAGGCAGAAUGGGCUUUAAGUCUUGAGCUCCAUUUUCCCUUUUCCCUUAACCACAUGGGACUAUCUCCUAUCUCUCCCUCUCCCUGUCUCUCUUCCAUUCCCUUCCCCCAUACUGAGUCUCCUGGGCUCUAAAGUGAAUCCAGACUGGGUGUGGAUGGGAGUGUACUUAGUCAUCAAAGUAUCACUUCCUUUCUCUAAGAAACACUGCCAUCUCCUUUUCAUUUCCCAUUCAAGUCCAGCAGGCCUUCUUUCUGUAAAUUCAGCUUCUUUGAGAUUCUUUAACCCCAGUUACUGGUCAGGUUUGGAUCUGGAGCCCUAGCAACUCACACUCAGAAAAGAGUGAUUGUGUUGUGUGUCUGUGUUUGAAAGAGGACUCCCUAAAUCUUGAAAGCAAGGUCUUUGUCCUCUCUUGCCCACAGCCCAGUACUUACCAGAGCUUCAUACUCAAGAAGCCUUCUGGGAGUGCUGGUGGGCAAGGAAGAGGAACAGCAGGUAGUUCCCCACGAUAGGAUCCUCUAGAGGUGAUGAAUGAUAUGCAGAUGAUAUAUAGAUUGCCCCAUAGCAUAAUGCUUGAGUGUUAAGGGUAAUAGAUUUAUUGCCAAGGCAAAGAUUUAAUUAAUAAAAAGGAAGAAGCUUCUGGGCACCAUCCAAGUGGAUGGGACUGAAGAGGCAACUGCCUUUAUUUACAAUUGGAUACUCACACUGGGCAAAGUUCAGUGCCUCAUUCCAGCUUUUGGAUACUCUAAUACUUAUAUAGAGAGACAGAUAUGCAUCCAUAUAGAUAUAUACACAGACUUUCCAAAGGACCCCAUCCAUCCCUCCCACAGUAACUGGUAGGGAAACACAAUUGGGGCAGUAACUACCACCAGGAAAAGAAGGGAAGUUGGAAGUGGUAGCUGGAAUGUCUCUGAGCUGGACACUCGAAUGUGGUUCAGUGGAACGUCUACAAUGAGGACUGUGUGGCCAACAGCCUGAACAAUAUUGAAGGAGGGACUAUGUAUGGGAUCAAAUAGACUUUAAGUUCAUACUCUACACCAUUCUGGAGUCAUCCAGGCCUUCCCUCAGUCCAGGAGCUUCAGUCUCAAUCAGUGCAAUGGAAAGUUGGAUUUGGAGUCCAGAGUAGUGGAUUAAAAAAUCCCAGCUCUGCUACCUCCUAUGUGUGUUACCUUAGGCAAAGCCUUAAGGUAAGCCUCUUUGAACUUCAGAUUUCUCAUCUAUUAAAUGGUUGAUUAGAUGAACUUGAAGGAAGAACGAGAAGAAACUUCUAGUUCUAAAUCUGAUCCUGUUGUAAGGAGCCUACCCUAUUGGACUUCAACAAAGCUGAAGGUUGGAAGCUGGGUAAGACAGGAACAUUGAAGUAUAAAAGCACUCUACGGUUUAGGAAGAUCCUGAGAUUUGCAUAAAUACAAACAACUCCUUGCCUUUGUCUGGAGCUACCGAGCUGCAUGAAAUCCCAACUGAGAUCUGGGAGGUGAACUGGUUGAUCUUUAUAAAUUAAGGUGUGGUUCCUCACUGAGAAUUCUGAUUUGAGCCAGAAAUUGAAUCAGAACACCCUUUUGACCUGUCUAGCAGAUGCCACAUCCUGUAAAGAACACAGCAGCCAAACACCCUACCCAGACCAGACUGACAGCAGCUGCCCAGUGGCCAAGAAAGAGACUUGUGCAGGUCAGUACAUAAUCCCAGUAAGGAGCUGGCUCAACAGCAAACUAGUUGACUAAAUCUAGCAACAAAUUGAGCUAUCCAUCCAAGACACCUUACCCUGUGAGUGGCAAGCAUACCUGAACAGCCCAUCCAAUGGAGAUGUUGUACCCUAGGAAGAACCAGCCAAGCAGUGAAGUGACUCAUCACUGCUACUAAUGCCCUGCCCUGCAGAGAAUUUCUUGAGGACUCUGGAAAAAGAAAGGACAUGAAAUCCUUUGUAUUCCAGAAUUGUGGAUUUCCUUGGCUACAUAUGUUCUCUCUAUAUAUGUGCCUCACCAUACUGUAUUUUAAGUUCAUGUCUGUUUGUCUCUGUGAAUUUGUGGAAGAGUAAAUCCCAGAUUUUUUUGGGAGAUGUUUUGUAACUACUGUUCUUGCUGUGCCAUUUGAGUAAAUGCUUUAUCUAAAAGCUAA